GCCGCACACUGGAGGAACUUGCCUACGCCAAGUGUCAUUCGUGAUACUUGGCGUAAGCACUUUCCUCUAGUGUGCGGUGCCGUUUGGAGCGCUUUUUGUCACGCGUGUCACUUGCAUCUGAUAUUCAACAUGUUGAAUAAUUUUUGCCACGAGUGAUACUUUACUCCAAGUGUGCGGUGAACGAAAGCUUCUAGCUUACAGCUUCAAUCUAAUACGCAUGCGUUGUGUGCACUCUGAUACAAACAUGGCGGCUGCAGCGUGCGAAACGUACGACUCAGACUCAGAUUCAUGCGAAGAAAAUUCAAGCUCGUCCGAAGAUAAUUCAUAUUCAUCCGAAGAUGAAGAGAUAUUGUUACUUCUUCUAUUAUUACGCCGGCGGCGAAGACGACUUAGGGCCAAAAAGCGAAAGAUUUGGACGAAGAAGUGGAUUUUACGUCGUGAGUCUCAAGGGGCAUUCGCCAAUCUUAUUCGUGAGAUCAAUGUAAAAGACCCAGAAAAAUUUAGGCAAUAUCAUAGGGUUGAACGACGUUCGUUCGAGGAGAUUUUAGGUAUAGUGUCGCCACAUAUUGAGAAAAAAGAUACACAACUGCGAGCUUCGAUUAAGCCUUCUGAGCGUUUGUCAGUAACUUUACGCUUUCUUGCAACAGGUAUGUCUAAACUUAAAAACAAUUUAAGUAUCCUUUCACCUUUUGACAAACCACAGACUUGCAGGGUAUGACUUUCUGCUUUUGAGCAGAUUUGUUACCUUUGAAAGGAGGAGUGGAAGGAUUUUAUGUCGCAUUAUUCAUUCACUUGUUGAGUAGGUUUUCUAAUGUGUUGAUGGGUUCAUUAAUGCUAAAGUAGUGUUAUAAUGCAUCCUAUGAAGCAGCCAGGGUAUAAUGUAUUGUUAUUAAAACAUGCCUAGGAGAA